UAGGCGUUUGUACAAUGCAGACUUCUGGCCCUUUCUGGAGAGUAUCCGAUAAUAACAACCGAAACAUGUCCAGUGCAGGGAACGUCCGUUUUAUGAGAUGUGUCAUCUGGAUUCUAGUAGCCGUCACUGUGGUGAGUAAAGCGGACAAAUGUCAACUUAGACCCGUUGUCCAUAUGCUACAAAUUCCAGAGUGUGGUCGUAAAGCGAUCCCUUCAUUUGCAUGUCAGGGAACGUGCUCUUCUUAUGUGCAGGUAUCUGGGUCCAAAUUUUGGCAAAUUGAACGUUCUUGCAUGUGUUGCCAAGAGAUGGGAGAGCGGGAAGCUAUUGUAAACAUUUUCUGCCAACAUUCAACAAACCUUCGUCUGCGUAAGGUCAUCACUCGUGCUCCCGCGGACUGCAUGUGUCGUCCCUGUACUGCAGUGGACGAAGAGUCCAUACAUCCGCAAGAAGUCGCUGAAAGGCAAACUAAAGAAUUUGCGUAAAAUACAAUAAUGGAUAACACUAUCUACUAGUUAAGAUAUUUACCUAAAUACUCUCUAUGUUUCGAUAUAUUUAAAUGUAUUAUGUUAUAUUGUAAGAAAUAAUCAUGACAGUUAAGCUAUUUGGCUGAAAUGGAAUUUAAGGAAUGUAUACUAAUUUUUUCUAUGAUAGUGAGGGAUCUUCAAAAACAUGUUUUUGAAAGUUAUUCGGAGUGUAGUUUGCUGGAGCUUAUUUCUUGAAUCAAGCAUAUUAUAAAUACAAGUAUUUGUCCGAACGACUGAAUAAAAUUGUAACUUACAUUUAUUUAA